AUGUUGCAUGCGCUGCCAGUGUUGCACUGGCCCGCUUACAACCCAUUUCCAGCCAGUCAUUACUUUUUUGAUGAAGUUCAUGUUGAAAACAUGAGAACUGGACAAAGUCUGUUUUUACGAAUGGCAAACGCUGUGUGGAGCAUGCAACGUUCAAGUCUGACUGAUGAAUUGAAGGGUUUCGUUGAUCUCAUCGAUCAUUUCAUUGUUGGCACAUCAGGAUCAUCGUUUCCAUCCUAUUUGUCUUUGGCUGCUGCUGGUGCUGUAACUAUGGGAUUGGGAUACUAUUUCACGAAAAAUACUAGCAAUGGAAAGAUCACCCCAUUGGUGGAUCCGUUGAAUCAAACGAUCAAGCAAAAGGUUGGUUUACAUCAAUAAUC